AUCACCCCAAUUUUACUAAGUUUUCUGCCAAAAAAAAAUUUGGAAAUGUUUAAACAAUUCCGAGACGAAACAAAACAUAUAGCUUAACGAUAUGAGGAAAGGUUCUUAUUAUAAAAAACAUUAUAAAUAAAAAUAAUUAACUGUGGAAAAGCGAUUCAAUAUCAAUACAAUAUCUGAAUAAGCAGUAACAGCCCGUUGUACAGAAAUAAAUAUAAUAAACAUUUGAUAUAAUAGUGUUCGAGAUAAUGUAGAAACGUUCACAUUGUGGACAAAAUCGAGUGCAAAGCACGAGUUACGUGAUGAGAAUGUGCUAGUUAAAGUCGAAGGAGCUUUAACAAAAGGGAAUUUACACUCACCAAAUUACAGUUGUCGAUGCUUUGACCCUUGAGAUUAAAAGGCCUGCGCACAAAUGUGGAAAAAGUAUAAACACGGAGCAUGAGAUGACGGGAAAUGUAGCAUUCGCUAUCACACUAAUAAUGAUAAUGCCUCAGUUCGUUUGCGUGAAGGAUUUUGAGAAGCAUGCCUUAAAAGUUCUUACUCCAAAUGUUAGUGAUUUUUAUAAAAGUGGAGCUGAUGAUGAAAACACCUUGAAAUGGAACAAAGAAGUUUUUAGAAAACUUCGAAUUUUGCCAAGAAUGUUAAGAGAUGUAACAAAAGUAGAUAUCACCACAACUAUUUUGGGUGAAAAAAUUUCGAUGCCCUUAGGAAUUGCGCCAACCUCUUUGCAUAAAAUGGCCCAUCCAGAUGGAGAAGUUGCCACUGCCAAAGCCGCAGAAGCUGCCGGCACUAUAUAUACUCUUUCAACUGGAUCUACCUGUAGUAUAGAAGAAGUUGCCAAAGCAGCUCCGAAUGGAAUUAAAUGGUUUCAAUGUUAUAUUUCUAAUGAUCGAAAAUUGGCUCUGCACUUGGUUCAUCGUGCUGAAAAAGCAGGAUUUAAAGCUUUGGUUCUGACAGCCGAUUCUCCUAGGCUUGGAAACAGAAGAAACGAAUUGAGAAAUGAUUUUAAACUUCCUUCUCAUUUAAAAUACGCAAAUCUUGAGGGUUACAAAUCUCGAAAAGAUGACAAGUAUAUCGCUCAAUUUUUUGAUCCAUCAACUACGUGGGACGAUAUUCCAUGGCUUAAAAGUCAAACUAGCCUUCCUAUUGUUGUAAAAGGAAUUUUAACUGCUGAAGAUGCAUUAAUAGCAGUAAAAUACGGAGCCGAUGCUAUUCAGAUUUCCAAUCAUGGGGGUCGUCAAAUUGAUGGAGUUCCAGCGCCGAUUGAAGUUUUACCAGAAAUAGUUAAAGCGGUAGGAGACAAAGUAGAAAUUUAUAUCGAUGGAGGAAUUUCUCAAGGCACUGAUGUUUUUAAGGCCCUGGCUUUAGGUGCAAAAAUGGUAUUUUUUGGACGUCCAGUUCUGUGGGCUUUAGCUUGUGGUGGAGAGAAAGGAGUGAAGGAUCUCUUAGAAUUAAUGAGAAGAGAAAUUUCACUUACAUUCGCGUUAUCAGGCUGCAGUUCACUGAAGAAAGUUACCAGAAACAUGGUUCGCCAUGAAUCAAAAUUUAGUCAUUUAUGAUGAAAUAUUUAUAACCAACGAGAAAUUG